AUGGUAGAGCAGCUUGUGACAGCACGAGCAGGGCAGCUGGCUGCGGCGCAGUCAGGUCUGGAGGCGGCGCUCCUGGUCCUGGGCUUCGGCAACGGCUCGGGCAACGAGUCGGAGCCCGUCCUGGACGCGCCCAGCAGCGAGCUGGACGUGCACACCGACAUCUACUCCAAGGUGCUGGUGACCGCAGUGUACCUGGCGCUCUUUGCGGUGGGCACUGUGGGCAACUCGGUGACUGCUUUCACACUGGCACGCAAGAAGUCGCUGCAGGGCCUGCAGAGCACCGUGCACUACCACCUGGGCAGCCUGGCGCUGUCGGACCUGCUCAUCCUGCUGCUCGCCAUGCCGGUGGAGCUGUACAACUUCAUCUGGGUGCACCACCCCUGGGCCUUCGGGGACACCGUCUGCCGCGGCUACUACUUCCUGCGUGAUGCCUGCACCUAUGCCACAGCCUUCAAUGUGGCCAGCCUGAGCGUGGAGCGCUACCUGGCCAUCUGCCACCCCUUCAAGGCCAAGACCCUCAUGUCCCGCAGCCGCACCAAGAAGUUCAUCAGUGCCAUCUGGCUGGCCUCGGGGCUGCUGGCAGUGCCCAUGCUCUUCACCAUGGGCCAGCAGAACCGCAGCGCCGAUGGCCAGCACCCUGGGGGCCUUGUGUGCACACCCACUGUGGACACAGCCACCGUCAAAGUCGUCAUCCAGGUCAACACCUUCACGUCCUUCGUGUUCCCCAUGGCGGUCAUCUCAGUCCUGAACACCGUCAUCGCUAACAAGCUGACCGUCACGGCACGCCAGGCCGCCGAGCUGGGGACGCAGCCCGGCACAUUCAGCAUGUCCAUUGAGCCCGGCAGGAUUCAGGCCCUGCGGCACGGCGUCCGGGUGCUCCGCGCCGUGGUCAUCGCCUUCGUGGUCUGCUGGCUGCCCUACCACGUGCGCCGCCUCAUGUUCUGCUACAUCUCAGACGAGCAGUGGACCCCGUUCCUCUACGACUUCUACCACUACUUCUACAUGCUGACCAACACGCUCUUCUACGUCAGCUCCACCAUCAACCCCAUCCUCUACAACCUUGUCUCGGCCAACUUCCGCCAGAUCUUCCUGUCCACCCUGGCCUGCCUCUGUCCCGCGUGGCGGCGCAGGAGGAAGAGGCCGACCUUCCCGCGGAAGGCCAACAGUGUGUCCAGCAACCACGGCUUCUCCAGCAGCACCACCCGGGAGACGCUGUACUAGGACUACGGGGACCCGCAAGGCCUAGAGGCGCUGCUGGGGCAGCAGCACCCCAGACCCUCGGUGGGGACAGCCGGCAGCCACUGGGUGCACCCCAGAGACCUGUCCCUUUCGGCUUCGCCCCUCAGCCCAGCCCUCCUCCCCCACCUUCCUCUCUCUCCUUCCCCUCCCCCUUUAAAAGCCAGAACCCGGAGACCGGUCCUUUCCCGGAUCCAAGAAGGGCCUUGACGAGAGCAGUUAGUGCUCGGAGAGAGGAGGCAGCUUCCUUUGUUCCCAGACUAAUGGAUGUUUAGAGAGAAAGAAAAAAGGACAUGAAAGAGUUGCUGGGCCGGCCCCUGAGCCGGGCCCUUCGGCACCCCCAUCUCAACACUGCUGCGUCUGGCCCACCAGCUCCAAGAGUUCUAGAAUUGCUGACCACAUUCACCUCCCACCUCUGGUCCAGCCCGGGCCCAGGCACAGUGGCCCCGGGCCUCGCUCCCAGGCUUCUACUCCAGGCUUGGGCCUGAGCUGCUGCUGUUACCCCAGGCUGCCUGUGGCCCACAGAGGGACCCAUGCUGUGAUGUAUACAAAAGGACAAAAGAGGCCUCCUGGGAGAGCCACACCUGGGCCUCCCGCUGGCCUGGCCCUACCUAGACUGACUCCCAGGACCUGCAUGGACACACGGUGGGCAGAUAGUGGCUCUUCCUUUCCCCGCCCAGGAUGCACCCACGCACACAGCUGGCAGCCCGCCAGGCAGCGCUGGCUUCAGGGUGGGGCCUCAGAGAAGGGUCACACGGGCCAGGGGCCAGGUCCUCAGCAGGUGAAGACAGGACCGAUGUCCAGGCACCCAGCUGGCCAGCAGCUCUGGGCUGAGACAGGCCCAUCUGUCACAGCCGCCAGGCAGAGGCCUUGGCCCCCAGCUCCAGGCGCCGGGGAAGGCAGGCGCCUCCUCAGUCUCUAGCAGCCGUCUCCAAAUAGGAAAGGAAAGGACCUGCUGGGCUCCCUGCUGAGAAGGUAGCCUGAGCCCUAGACCAGGCAGGGGCUGGAGCGGGAGUGGGAGAACAGGAAGGACCUGGACAGCAGAGUCUGGCCUGGAGAAGUGGGUGUUACAGUCUCAGCCCCCCACCCGCCCAGGAAGGAAACCAGAGGUGAACAGACGGCCUGUAGGACAGUGCUGCUGGGGUGCAGGGCCCAGUCCUGGCUGGGGCAGCUCCCUCUGGACUAAAGUGCUGAGUUGGAGGCCAGGUUACAAGUGCCACCCAGAUCUGGCCACCUGGACGUGAACUGGUGUGGUACGUGAAGCCACAAAAUCCCUCUGUAAGCCACAUGACCCUCCAGGUCACCAGGGCGGGCCUGGUGCAAGUCAGGCCUGUUUGCUGACCCCAGGGAGGACCUCGGCCUCUAAGAGGCCUGCUGCGCCCAGCGCUGUUGGUUGAGGUCGGCGUGGUGCCCCCUGCUCAGUGGGUAGACUCAGAGUUUAGCAGAUCCAAAGCCCUGAGGCAGGGCCUGGGCACCGGAGUCUGAACUAGCACUUGAAGUCAGGACCAGACAAGCCUGAAAAGACCUUGCCUUCCUAGACAUUGAGAAUGCCACGAUUCCUCCUAGCCUCAGUUUCUCCGCCUAAGAAACUAGCACAGCCAUUCUACCCUCUCAGCUGGCUGGGACUAUCCUGGAGGACCUGGCUCAGAAUGUAUGCAAGGGACAGUCCCUGAGAUGGGCAGAGCUGACCCCCUUCUACCUGGCCAGGUGCCAACGGUGCAGGUCAGCACGGAGGGUGUGAGUUUCAACACCGAAUCCUUGUCACUGCUCUCUUUACACUUGUGUCCAUGCGCCUGCAGAAACGGGUGCAUCUGGACCGGCUCUGUGUCCUGGCUCCAAAGGCUUCACUCUGUGUGCUGAGCUCGAGCCCCAGGGAGUCCAGAGCCCCAUGAGCCAGCGUGUUGACAAAGCCCAUCGUGUGUCUCCAGUGACCCUCCGUGUUCUAUCCCUUCACGUGGCAACCAGAGAGCAAACCCCUGUGUCUCUCAAUAAAGGAGUCUGUGGACCCCCGACUCAGACUCUUCCUUACGGCCCUGGCGUAUCCAUCCUUUCCUUCACUCAUU